UUGCGGGCAGCGGACCCGGAGGGUGACAGUUGGAUGGGGCGGAAACCGAAGUGCAACGCUUUGGACUGUGCGAAGUGUGGGUUCGGGGGGGAUGACGGCAUUCCCAUCUGCAGCAAGCUGGAGACCUCCGAGCAGACGGUGGUGUGGAAUAUGUUCGAGGACGUGAUCACUGCGCCUGCAUCAUCAGCAGAUGGGAAGAUCAAGGCCAAGAAGCUCGCCAACCAGACCGUGCCGAAGGAGGGUAAGCUUUGCGAUCUUUGGUCGGCUUUCAAAGAGCAAACCAAGCUGUACAUGGCUCACCACUCUAUCGCCAAGUGGCGAAGGCACUGCCACGGGCGUUGCUUGGAGACGUUUCAGGACGGUGUCCUUGUCAUCGAGACCGAGUUUGCCGAGAAGGUGCACGUGACGGAAACAUGGAUCUUUGCAUCUGAGGACAUGGCACAUGACUGCGAUUUCCACCUGCACGGCUUGGCCAGGAUGACGGACCACUACCUGCAUGGAGAUGGGAGAGAAGCAACAGCUGCCGCCCGGAAAGAAGACAGGAAGCCUCGGAUUCACAUGUUUACCGAUGGAUGCGGGAAGCAGUACAAGGGAAGGCGGAACUUCCGCUUUUUGGCCGACAGCGUCCGGCAAAUUGGCUUCUUCAUCGACCACCACUUCGCGGCCACAUCUCACUUCAAAGAUUGCCAUGAUGGGAUCGGCGGAGUCGCAAAGAACGCCAUGAAGAGGAGGGAGAGAUUUGUCAAGCGAAUCAUGGGGGCGGACGGGGUGGUCAGCUUUUUGCGAAGCUUCUUUCGGGAGAAGGCAGGCAGCGAGGGGGAGGAGGGUAUGCGGAGGUUCUUCGCGAGGUGGUCUCCGUACCGCAUGCGGAGGGUGCACGUCGAGUUUAUGGGUAAGAAGGAGAUCUAUCGGCCAAACUCUAUCCUGGAAGGCGUAGAGGGUACACGAGAGAUGUACCACUUGGCGGGACCAAACACUCCCGAGUGGGAUGGGUCCACCUCAACCAAGGGACGCGGAGAUGACUGA